CUGAAUUCACUAACAUGAACUUGGCUUCAAUGAACACAAGCACUCCAGUAUGGGAUCCAACUGUCAUCGCGACAAUUGUCUUCUCUAUUAUUGUCUUUUUAAUAUUGACAUUAUUUAUUGUAUUGAGUAUAGUUUACAAGAAGAAGAAGAAGCAGAACUAUUCCUACUAUGAUUACUAUUCACCAAUUGAUAAUAGUGAACAACAACAACAGCCACAGAUUGCAGUGAAUAAAAGUUGGAGAAGAGCACCGCAUUAUUUUAUAUCGGGUGAAAAUUAUCGAAAUCCACCGCCACCGCCGUAUACUGGUCAACAUGAAAAAACACGUCUGCUGGAUGAUAUAGCCUAG